CCAGAGCGGCCGUCUUAAGCCGGCGGGCGCGCUGCAGCCUCCCCUCCUCAGGGCCAGAGACGGAAGGCGACCGUCCCGCGGCGGCACAGGCGCGCUCUCCAACUCCCGCGCCACAGCCAAAGGAGCGCGCUAUGAAGUCUUACACUACAUAUUUCAUGCUCCUAUGGAGUGCUGUUGGAAUAGCAAGGGCUGCCAAAAUCAUCAUCGUGCCGCCAAUUAUGUUUGAAAGCCAUUUGUACAUUUUCAAGACGCUAGCAUCAGCCUUGCAUGAGAGAGGCCACCACACAGUGUUCCUUCUCUCAGAAGGCAGAGACAUUGACCCAUCUAAUCACUACAGCCUCCAGCGAUACCCAGGGAUCUUCAACAGUACCACCUCAGAUGCUUUCCUGCAGUCUAAAAUGCGGAAUAUUUUCUCUGGGAGAUUGACAGCCGUUGAACUGGUUGACAUACUGGAUCACUAUACUAAGAAUUGUGACAUGAUGGUUGGCAACCAAGCCCUAAUCCAGGGUUUGAAAAAGGAAAAGUUUGACCUGCUACUUGUGGACCCCAAUGAUAUGUGUGGUUUUGUGAUCGCCCAUCUUUUAGGAGUUAAAUAUGCUGUAUUUUCUACUGGCCUUUGGUAUCCUGCUGAAGUAGGAGCGCCUGCUCCUUUAGCUUACGUCCCAGAGUUUAACUCACUCCUCACAGACCGCAUGAACUUCCUGGAAAGGAUGAAAAAUACUGGCGUUUACCUCAUUUCCAGAAUAGGGGUCAGCUUCCUGGUUCUUCCCAAAUAUGAGAGGAUAAUGCAGAAGUACAACCUGCUCCCUGCGAAGUCCAUGUAUGAUUUGGUUCAUGGGUCCAGCCUGUGGAUGUUGUGUACUGACGUAGCACUGGAGUUUCCGAGACCCACCCUGCCUAACGUUGUGUACGUUGGAGGAAUCCUAACAAAGCCGGCCAGCCCACUGCCAGAAGAUCUGCAGAGUUGGGUAAAUGGUGCUCAGGAACAUGGCUUUGUCCUGGUGUCUUUUGGAGCCGGUGUCAAGUAUCUGUCAGAAGACAUUGCUAACAAACUGGCCGGAGCUCUGGGGAGAUUGCCUCAGAAAGUGAUUUGGAGGUUUUCUGGAACCAAACCAAAGAAUCUAGGAAACAACACUAAGCUCAUAGAAUGGCUGCCGCAAAAUGACCUGCUUGGUCAUUCAAACAUCAAAGCCUUCCUAAGCCAUGGUGGUUUGAACAGUAUUUUUGAAACUAUGUAUCAUGGUGUUCCUGUGGUGGGAAUUCCACUUUUUGGAGACCACUAUGAUACCAUGACUCGAGUGCAGGCAAAAGGCAUGGGGAUCUUGUUGGAAUGGAAAACAGUGACUGAAGAGGAGUUGUAUGAUGCCCUGGUGAAAGUUAUCAAUAACCCGAGCUAUCGGCAGAGGGCUCAGAAGUUAUCGGAAAUUCAUAAGGAUCAACCCGACCACCCUGUCAAUCGGACUACUUAUUGGAUAGACUACAUUCUUCGCCAUGACGGAGCCCAUCACCUCCGCUCGGCUGUGCAUCAGAUUUCUUUCUGCCAGUAUUUCCUGUUGGAUAUUGCCUUUGUGCUUUUGCUUGGUGCUGCCUUGUUCUACUUCAUUUUGUCCUGUGUGACAAAAUUUAUCUAUAGAAAAAUCAAAAGUCUGUGGUCUAGAAAUAAGCAUAGCCCAGUUAAUGGACAUUACCAAAACGGAAUCCCCAAUGGCAAAUACAAAGGAAAUGGCCAUAUUAAACACGAGAAGAAGGUAAAAUGAGCCAACAGCCCAGGUUUGGGGAACAAAUCUGUUCAGUCAUUGAGUUUGUAUUGCUAUACUUUAGUCUAACAGCUACCAAAGCUAAAUGUCAGCAAACAAUUCUAAUACUCCUCAUCCGACCUUACUAAUGAAAUGCCAUGGAGAAGAUAUCUGUAAAGAGCACAGCCCUAAAUGCAAAAACGUAUUUCAUUCAAAUACUGAUGCAGAAAGUUGGCACUGAACCAUUUAGAAGCCUUAAUUAUUGAAAUCAAUUAAGUGAUUGUGUCAGACCUUAGUUUUAAAUGUUACACGUGUAUUAUAGGUGAGGAAUGGCGUAUUUUCUCUUAAUAAGAUAUGUGUGUGUAUGUGUGUGUGUUUCCUAUUCCUAUGUCAGUGAGUUUUAGCUUGUAUUUGUUGAAAGUACAGCGUAUUCAGGAAUGGAGUAGGAAAAGACAGGACCCAAAUGUUUCUCUGCCAGUGUUUAACAUAUGUGCACUUCCAAUUCUACCUUCAAAGACUGUUUCCCUCAAAACUCCACGCAAAGGGGCAAGUGGAAAGAUGGGUGGCACAAUUUUUGUAUUCUUGUUUAUU